UUUUUCCAGGACACGCUAAAUGUAGAACCAUUUGAAGGUGUUUAUAACGCAACAGAUGAUUCAGUGAUAUGCCCUCAAAAAGAUGAUCUAGAUCAAACUAUAGUAGGCACUCUAGACUGCUUGCGAAUAAACGUCUACGUCCCACAAGUGGCCAGCUCCACUAAUCUACUCCCUGUUAUGGUUUGGAUCCACGGAGGUGGCUUUAGGAGAUGGAACUCUAAUAGAAGCACAUACGGUCCUAAUUUUCUCGUCCCAAAAGGCGUAAUUUUAGUGACCUUUAACUACAGACUUGGUCCAUAUGGCUUUAUGUCACUCAAUAGUUCAAAUAUACCAGGUAACGCAGGAUUGCGAGACCAGUUGAAGGCACUGCAAUGGAUCAAAGAAAACAUUGCAGCAUUUAAUGGUGAUGAGAAUAAUAUUACUCUAUUUGGUGAAAGCGCCGGAGCUGCUUCUGUGGAAUUCUACAUAUUAUCAGGACAUUCCAAAUUCUUAUUCCAUAAGGCUAUUAUGCAAAGUGGGACAGUUCUAUGUGAUUGGGUAAUGAAUGAUCCAGAUAUACUAGCGCCUAUAAAGUUAGCUCAAUAUUUAGGACUAGAUACCGAUGAUAUUGAUAACGCUCUAAAGUACAUAUCUAACUUUGAUCCCCACGACGUGAUAAAAGCCACGAUUGACAUAGGUUACGAAGAAUCUUUCAAACCCGUAGUCGAAUAUGAAUUCGAAAAUGUAGACACUAUGAUAAACGAUAAGCCAAGCAAUCUUUUAAAAAAGGUGUCAACGUCAAUACCUAUAAUUAUAGGAUUCAAUAGCAAAGAGCAACAACGAAAUAUAAAUUACUAUUUACAAUCUCCUGAUUAUGUAGAGACUGCAAAGAAAACUUUCAAAGCAAAGAUUGAUAAUUAUUUCCAACUCGACGAGGAAGAGUUGGAGACAGCUGAGAAAUUAGUCAGAUUUUUCUACAUAGGAAGUGAGGAUAUGACAGAUAAUGUUAAUGCAAUGAUAGAGUUUGAUUCCGACUUUACGUUUGUAUACCCAAGUUUAAGGAGCAGCAGAUAUUACACGCAAGUUAAUACUGCUCCAGUGUAUUUGUAUAUGUUUGAUUAUGAUGGACAAAGAAACUACAUGAAAAAUAGAAUGAAUUUGACCACGGAACCUGGUGCUAUACAUGCGGAUGAGAUUGGAUAUCUAUUCGAUCAGUCAUUUUACACUCAACCUGAUUCAGUCAUGGACACAGUUAUUAUAGAACGAAUGACAUCAAUGUGGAUAGACUUUGCUAAAACUAGCAACCCCACACCGGCAGCCACAAAAGUUCCCUUUUCAUGGCAUCGUUCAGCUACUGAACCUAAAUUCGACUACGCCGUUCUGAGCGAUGGCGUUCAGAUGGCUCAGCAUCCGUUUUAUCAGAGAAUGGCUUUCUGGGAUACCUUUUUUGCCACUUAUGGCAAAAAAACAAGAUGUCUGCAAGUGAUUCCCGAGCGAGCAAUGCUGACUUACGUCAACGAAAAAUACAUAUACAACAAAAACGCGACAGUCAACGUGAGGAGGUACGGAAGGAAGAGUGGAUACUACAUCAACAUUGAAGCGAACAUUAAAAUGGAAUUUGGAAACAACGUAUCGCUCAAUUUAGUCUGGUUUGAGUUCCUUCACAAUGAGUAUAAACGGAGUUUCGUUGAGAUGAAGUUUCCGAAAAUCUGUGACGCGUUGAACUCGGAUCCCUAUAUUGGCGGAGCAUUCAAACUUAUUGGUUUGGUUUGUCCAAUACCACCGGGAAUGCAUAUGCUUGACAAUAUAACGGUGCCAAUGCAUAACUUUCCGAAUGUCUGGCCCUUUGAAAAAUGUAAAGUUGAAGCAACACUGUUCCAGAAUAAGAAUCAGGAAGUCAUGGCUACUGCGGAUAUUUAUGCUCUUUUCAAACAAAGCGCUAAUGGAAAAUAA